UUUUAAUAGUUGCCAUAACAUCGUCGAAGGACAUGCGCAGAUAUUAAACAAUAACAAAUUGAGACAAGUAAAAGGAUGCAGGAUUUAUACUAAGCAGGUGUUGAAAAAUAUUAUUUUUCCUGGUGAAAAUCAUUAAAAAUAUAAUAUCAUCAAUUAUAUUCAAAUAAAAAACUUGAUAACAUAUAUAAAAAGUGUUUGUAUUUUCUGUAAAAUGCGCGAAACCUAUGGACCGGACUUUGACGAUCGUCUGAUACGUUUAGUGCGCGAUAAUCCGGCUAUAUAUGAUGUUAACCACGAACAUUACAGACGCUAUCAAGUUCGAAUCGCAAUCUGGGAAAGAAUUGCUGCGGAGAUGCGAACGCCUUCCAAAUUUCUUCAAACCAAAUGGAAAAACAUUCGAUAUAAUUACUUACAAGAACUUAAAAGCUUGGAAACGGGUUUGGCAAAUGCGAAUAUAAGAAAACGUCGGUUUACAGAAGAUCUAUCUUUUUUGCAAAAUACUGCACAAACCUACAAAAAAGUGCCGCAUAUGAACUCGUCAUACAACAGCUCCGAUAAUGAUAGCAACAGCUUCAUGUAUAUGGACCCUCAAAACACCAGCACAUUUGAAAUUAUUGAAAUAGAACACAGUGACGAUGGCAGCGCAGCAAGAGAUCACGGGAUUGAAAAUUAUAACGUUGAUGUCGCUAUGCCAUCCCAGCAAAUCCACGAGAAUGAAGAUAUUUCUCUACCUACGGGCAACAAUGUUUGCUACGACGACGAGCAGAUACUCCCUGAAUUAAAUAUUCCAACCAAAAUUGAAAAAUUAAACAAACCACAGCAUGAUCAAACAAUUGGACAUAAAAAUAUAUCAACUCCACUUCAAAAGGCUGAAAUUGAUAGCUCAAACAUGGUAGCGCCAAUGGCGCCUUCUUCACCCUCGCAUUCAAACGCUUCAAGUCUUUCGUCGCAAUUACUAACACCAAUCGUAAUUUUGGGCAAGGAACGGAAUUGUGAAAAUAAUAAAUAUCCAAUACCAAAGCAGGCAGAAACGGCAGCAUUCCAACGGCAGCCAAUUGAUAUUAUGACUAGUGCGUCAAAAAGAAAGUCCAUGCCGGCUCCCUUUCCAGUUUUGACGCCUAUUAAUGAUCCAAUUGAACUAUAUUGCCUCUCAUUAGUAGAUAGUUUGCGUAACAUGCCACGUCCUGAAAGGGAACGCGUUAAAUUUGAGUUUGCCAAAAUACUUAAAGACGCCAAGUAUAAAGAUCAAAGUUAGUUAGCAAUUCAAAUUACGUCAUUUAAUAUCACUAUUUAAUUGUACCAUAAUCAUAAUAUUUCAUUUCUAUAGCUGUAAAGUAAACAUUAAUGUCAAAAUGAGGAACAUAUUUUUAAGUCCGAAAUACAACUCAAAUGUUUCCCUAAAAAUACAAGGUUUUGCGUUGCGUCUAUUUUAGUUUUAUUUCCACUGCUCCAAAAUUCACUUAAAUUUCUAAAUACAUUAGCGUAUAAACUAUAGUUAGUGUAAAAGACGAAACGAAAUGUCGUUUUCAUUUCUAUAUCUAAUAAGAAUAUUAUAUGCUUUCUUUCACUGUGUUUGUUUCUUAUGUUAUUAUAGAUGUUACAAACGGAUGUUAAUAAUGUAGACAUCCAAGUGAGUCGACACUGUGUAAACAUUUGUGUGAUUUCCUUGCGACAGAAUUAUAGCUAAACUAAACGUACUUUUGAUAUAUAUAUUUACCACUUUAAUGGUAACUUUCAAUUUUAAUUCUUACAUAUUGUUUUUAAGUUUCUGUAUAAAAAAAAAAAACAAAA